GGUUUUAAUGUGCCGACCCCCACGUGUUGUUAAGAGAAGGAUGAUGAUUAAAGUAGAGCUGGCCAUGGAGCCGUUUACAACGGUAUAGCCAGGAGAACGGACCGAAACCGCAGCCCCAAAAAUAGCCUCUCGAGACUGCGAUGUAUUAUUUUAGAGAGGGACCUUGCCGCUAAAUCAUAGUGGUAUUGCCAGUGAGAUUUUAUGUAUUUAUGUUUCUCACCACUGAUGGAGGAACAAUGGAGAAGCUGUCAGCAGAAAAUUCUGGUGGCCCUCCUCUUUUUCCCUGCGGUAGAUCAUUGUUUUUGAUGCUGUUGUUGUGUAGGAGGGCAGGGACGGACCGGAUCUUUUUGGAUUUCUGCUAGAAAACACCGAGAACACCAGCGGUACUGUUAGUCGCUAUCUUUUACCUCCACUGUACCGCGCAGCAGAUGAACUCGGUGCUGUCAUCCCGGCGAUAUUAUGGUGAAAUUCCCGGCACUCACGCAUUACUGGCCGCUCAUCCGCUUUCUGGUUCCUCUGGCAAUCACCAAUAUAGCCAUCGAUCUCGGGGAACAGGCUCUGAACAGAGGAAUCGCAGCGGUUAAAGAAGAUGCGGUGGAGAUGCUGGCCAGCUACGGGCUGGCCUACUCCCUGAUGAAGUUCUUCACAGGGCCCAUGAGCGACUUCAAGAACGUGGGCCUGGUGUUCGUCAACAGCAAGCGGGACCGCACCAAGGCCGUUCUGUGCAUGGUCGCCGCCGGAACUGUGGCCAUCAUCUUCCACACUCUCAUCGCCUACACCGACCUGGGAUACUACAUCAUCAACAAGCUGCACCAUGUGGACGACUCGGUGGGAAACAAGACCAGGAAGGCGUUCCUCUACCUGGCGGUUUUCCCUCUGCUGGAUGCAAUGGCCUGGACACAUGCUGGUAUCCUGCUGAAACACAAGCACAGUUUCCUGGUGGGCUGUGCUUCCAUUUCUGACGUUAUUGCUCAGGUCGUGUUUGUGGCCAUCUUGCUCCACAGCCACCUGGAGUGUCUGGAGCCCCUGCUCAUCCCAAUCCUGUCGCUGUACAUGGGCGCCCUGGUGCGCUUCACCAUUGUUGGCCUGGGCUACUACCGCAACAUCCACGACAACAUCCCGGACUCCAGCGGGCCCGAAGUGGGGGGAGACGCCACCAUCAAGAAGAUGCUGAACUUCUGGUGGCCCCUGGCCCUCAUCCUGGCGACCCAGCGCAUCAGCAGGCCCAUCGUCAACCUCUUCGUCUCCCGGGACCUCAAGGGCAGCUCCGCUGCCACCGAGGCUGUAGCAGUACUGACGGCCACCUACCCCGUGGGUCACAUGCCCUACGGCUGGCUGACGGAGCUGCGUGCAGUCUACCCAGCCUUCGACAAGAACAACCCAAGUAACAAACUGGUGAACAGUGGCACCACGGUUACCAAGUCACACAUCAAGAGGUUCACUUUUGUCUGCUUGGCACUAUCAAUUACGCUGUGCUUCGUGGUGUUCUGGACCCCACACAUCUCGGAGAAGAUCCUGGUGGACGUGAUCGGGGUGGACCACGCCUUCGCCGAGCUCUGCGUCGCCCCACUGCGCAUCUUCUCCUUCUUCCCGUUGCCAGUGACUAUCCGGGCCCACCUGACAGGCUGGCUGAUGACCCUGAAGAAGACCUUCGUCCUGGCCCCCAGCUCCGUGCUGCGAAUCAUCGUGCUGAUCACCAGCCUCAUCGUGCUGCCUUACAUGGGGGUGCACGGCGCCACGCUGGGGGUGGGAUCUUUGCUGGCCGGCUUCCUGGGAGAGUCCACCAUGGUGGCGAUAGCCGCCUGCUACGUCUACCGAAAACAGAAGAAAAAGAAAGACACAGAUGGCGAGGCAACGGCAGAGGGCGAGGACUCCGCCCCCAUGAACGAAGUGAGGUCCGGGAACCAACUGGAGGACAUCGUGGAGCUGCGGGAAGAGGAGGAGGACGAAUGAAAGCGGGAUUCAGGAAGGGAGGGAGAGAGAGAUGGAGAGAGAGA